AUGAUCAGUAUCUUUUGUGAUAAAGAUAAAUGGAUCACAUCGUCAAUCACUAAUCUAUUAUUAGUGACAAAAGAGAAAGAGAUAAGCUUUCCAAAGAUGGUGAAGCAAAUAUUUCCAUCUUCCACAACAGGAUCACCAUCCUCGCUUGGUAGCGAUAGCGAUGCUGAGCAGCAACAGCAGCAGCAGCUACAUGCUGCCUUAAAGGUUAAGAAUCCUUCACCUUCCUCCUCAUCCUCGCUCUCCUCCCGUCCUCCACCAUUCAACUUUGCCUAUUCCUUUAAAGAUCAAUCCACAACAAACAAUAACCAACAGCAACCAACUACUCCUCCACAACAAAAUAAUAAUAAUAAUAUUCAAAUACAAACAACAACAACAAACCAAACAGAUGUAGAAUUAAAUAAACAACAACAACAGCAACAACAAGUACAACAACAACCCCAACCAAUCAAUUUUUCAAGAAAGGGAUAUGUAUUUAGCGGAACUUCUUUAGGCACCAUAGGCAAUAGUUAUAAUAAUAAUAAUAAUAAUAAUAAUCAUAGUAAUAGUAAUAAUUACAAUGUUGGUUACAACAACAAGAAUAAUAAUGGAGUAAAUAACCAUACCACCAACAGUAGUAGUGAUAGUGAACAAGACGAAGAUGAUCAACCACAUCAACUACAACAACAACAACAACAAAGACAAUAUAAUCAUCCACAACAUCAACAACAACAACAACUACGACAAAAUGAUCAUUACGAUAAUCAAGAUGACGAUGAUUAUGAUUAUGAAUCUGAAAAACUAGAAAUCAUCGAAGAGAUUGGAAACCAGGAACAAGACGAUCAACAACAUGUUGACAAUAGUAUGAUGGUUGGUGGUAAUGGAUCAAGACACCAGACAGAAAACGACAGUGAUGUCGAUAGCAGUAACGACGAUACUGAACCAACAUUAAUUAGUCGAGUUGGACAGACAAACAAAGAGACGGAUGUCUGUCUACUAUACGUCAGUAGCAUUAGCAACAGCAGCAGCAGCAACAACAACAGGAUCAUCACCAACAUCAGAGGAAACGGCAGUGAUCAACACCAUCACCAUCAUCAUCAUCAUUUGCCAACACCGACAAAUAUAAUAGUAGUAGGAUCAUCGUCGUCGUCAUCAUCAUCGACUCCCACCUUGUUGUUGGCAGAUAGUAGUGUAAUUGGUAAUGGUCAUAAUAGUAGUAGUAGCAGCAGCAGUGACAACAACAACAACAACAACAACAGUCUAGAUCAUCAGUACUCUAGUAAUGUAGUAUCAAGUAGAAGAGACUUGCCAAAUACCAAUAACUCCUCCUCCUCGCAUUCACAUUCCUCUUCCACCUCCACUGUACCAUCAUCAUCAUCAUCAUCGUCAUCAACAACAUCGAAUAAUACUACUAGCACAAGCACCACUUCAUCAUCAAGAACCACACCUGUAUCUUCACCCUCUACGAUUCAACCGUCAUCAUCUACAACAUACGAUCACAGUUCUAUUAUAUUGGAAACCAAGACAUAUCAUAAUUCCAAUAACAAUAAUAACAAUAGCAACGGCAGUAAUUCACCUCCCAAACAUAACAUAAGUGGUUUCCAUCAACAUAAUGAUCAUAGUAACAACUUGACCGGUAGUAGUAGCAGUAGUAGUAGUAGUAGCAGCAAGCAGUACAAUUCCUCCAAAUUCACCAACACACCAGAGAAGAAUAGUAAUAAUCAUCAGAUGAUUACGACCUCUCAUCAACAACAACAACAACAAAUCAAUAUAAAUAAUAAUAAUAUUCAACAACAACCACACCAUCUUUUAAAGAUUCAAAAUACGCCAACCAAACAACAACCAAUGCAAUUACAACAUCAACAACAGUACCAUCAGGUACCUCCACCAAUACAAAUGUCACCAAUUCAACAUCAAAUGAACAUUCAUCAACAACAACAACAACAACAACAUAUGAAUAAUAAUAAUAAUCAAAAUAAUCUUAAUAAUAAUAUUCAACAACAAUCAUCAUCACCACCACAAUCAUCAACAUCAUUAUCGGCGACUGGUGAAGUGAUAAUGAAUAAUAGGGGAUAUGAAGUAUGUGGUGUUUUGAAUCAACAUACCAAGCCAUGUCAGCGUAUUGGUAGAUGUCCAUUCCACCACAAGAUUGCUGGUAGCGGCGGCGGCGGCGGUGGAGGAAGCAAUUCCAAUUCCACUUCGUCGAUGGCCACCAAUACAUCGGUUGCCCAACUUCAGAGCAUCGGAGACAGUUCUACGACACAUUCUGGAGAGCCAGUCGAGAGAAUGGCAUCUUCAGGGUCAUCAUUGUCUUCAUCCACUUCAUCGACACCAACCAUGUCAACACCAACCUCUAUAUCCUCUUCUUCCUCCUCUUCUUUGCCAAUGGCAUUGGUACCAUCACCAUCAUUGUCAUCGUCUUCAACAACAACAACAACAUCGUCAUCAUCAUCAUCAUCAACAUCAUCGACAGACCAAACCAAACAGGAAAAGGUUAAAAAGGUACCUUUUAAACUUGGUUGGACCAUUGACGAACACGUUAGAUUCCUCCAUGGAAUCAAUAUGCACGGAAAAGGAUCAUGGAAAGAGAUUUCCUUGGUCGUAGGUACAAGAACACCCACUCAAAUUCAAAGUCAUGCUCAAAAAUACUAUCUUCGACAAAAACAAUUAACAAAAAACAAAAGAAGUAUUCAUGAUUUAUCUCUUAAUGAAUUAUUACAAGUUGAUGAUGAAAGUAUAGAAUUGGAUAAUAAAAAAGAAACCAAAGAAGAAAGAAAGAAAAAGAAAUCAAAAAAGAAACAAGAAAAGAUUGAACAAGAACAAUCUAGUCAACAACAACCACCAAAUCAACUACAACAUCAACAACAACAACCAUUACAACAACAACAACAGUUGCAUAUUCAACAACAACCAUUACAACAACAACAACAAUAUCAACAACAACCAGCACCUGGUGCUUUGGUUCCAACCAAUCUCUUGUCACAUACCAAUAAUUCUUCAUCGUCGUCUUCGUCAUCAUCCCCACCACAUCAUCCAAAUGGAGCUCCUACUGCCUAUUAUAAUAAUGGAUAUAGUUCACAACAACCACAACAACAAUUCCAACAACCAAAUUCAUCUUCACCACCACAGGUUAUUUCAAGUCCACCUAGUAAUGGUCGAAACAAUGGCUAUUAUGGCCAGGGUUAUUAUUCAACUCAGCCUGCUCCUCCUCCUGCAGUUGCUGCUUAUCCAACUCAAAAUGGUAAUCAUCAACAAGGUAAUAACGAACAACAACAACAAUCAUAUAUAACUACACAAACACAACAACCAACCUCUGCACCACAACCACAACCAACUCAACCAUCGCCAUCAUAUGUUUAUCCAAGCCAACCAACUGCCGUACCUGCUGGAGCAUCACCAUAUAUUCAAGUCAUCCAUUCACCUCAACCAACCUAUUAUAACAAUGGUUCUUCUUCACAUCACCAACAACAACAACAACCAACUCAUUAUAACAAUAACAACAACAGUGGUUCAGAUACAUCUUCUCAAACACAACAACAACAACAACAACAACAACCAAUAACACCUUUGAUUACUAAACAAUCAAUAUUCCAACCUGCACCACAAGCUGGGUCAUCCUAUCAUUCGGGUAAUUCCAUUCGAGCACAAUUGACUCCAACUGUUCCACCACAAUAUAAUAACCAAUAUUUUUAUCAACAACCUCCACCUCAACAACAACAACAACAACAGCAACAACAACAACAACAACAAUAUUCACAUUAUAAUCAAUAUCAAUCGGCAGAUUUAAGAGGCAACAUUUUCAAUCACCAACAACAACAACCGCAAAAGGAAUAA